AUGGCUUGUUUUUGUUGUCCUGCUUGUGGAUCGGAUGAAUUAAAAGAGCAAAAACGGAUCAACCAGGAAAUAGAACGACAGCUUAAAAGAGAUAAACGAGAUGCUAGAAGAGAAUUAAAACUAUUAUUGUUGGGUACUGGAGAAUCUGGGAAAAGUACAUUCAUCAAACAGAUGAGAAUUAUACAUGGCGCUGGUUAUUCUGAUGAAGACAAGCGUAGUCACAUUAAAAUUGUCUACCAGAAUAUAUUCAUGGCAAUGAAUGCUAUGAUACGUGCCAUGGAUACACUCAAUAUUCAGUACAGUAACCCUGCUAAUAGGUCUUUCACAAAUACAGGUCAAAAAUGUUUUUCUAAAUGUUACCUAUUUUUCAGGAUUAUGCCAACUAUGAUUCGCCAGAUAGACUAUGAAACAGUAACAACAUUUGACAAGCCUUGUGUUGAUGCUAUUAUAUCACUUUGGAGUGAUGAAGGUAUUCAAGAAUGCUAUGAUCGCAGACGUGAAUAUCAGCUUACAGACUCUGCAAAAUACUACUUGGACAGUGUAGAAAGAAUAUCUCAGCCUGAUUACCUGCCCACAUUACAAGAUAUUCUGCGUGUUAGAGUCCCCACAACCGGUAUCAUUGAAUAUCCAUUUGAUUUGGAUAGUAUCAUAUUUAGAAUGGUGGAUGUUGGAGGUCAAAGAUCAGAACGCAGAAAAUGGAUUCACUGUUUUGAGAAUGUAACAUCCAUUAUGUUUUUAGUCGCCUUAAGUGAAUAUGAUCAAGUCUUGGUUGAAUCUGAUAAUGAGAAUCGAAUGGAAGAAUCCAAGGCCUUGUUUAGGACAAUAAUUACUUAUCCCUGGUUUCAGAAUUCAUCUGUUAUUUUAUUUCUCAACAAGAAAGACUUGCUAGAGGAGAAGAUUAUGCAUUCACAUCUUGUAGACUAUUUUCCUGAAUUUGAUGGUCCCAAAAAAGAAGCAAGCACAGCACGAGAAUUCAUCCUGAAAAUGUUUGUAGAACUAAACCCAGAUCCAGACAAGAUCAUUUACUCUCAUUUCACCUGUGCCACUGAUACAGAGAAUAUAAGGUUCGUGUUUGCAGCAGUCAAGGACACAAUUCUACAGUUGAACUUGAAGGAAUACAACUUGGUGUGA